AUGGCCAUCGUAAUCGCCUCGCCGCCAGCUCUCUCCGGCGACCUUUCUCUCUUCCAUACUACCGACCCGCUCCUGGGCAACAAUCCGGUGUUGGUGUUCUAUGGCCCGGCGGCGACCAUCGGCGCGACGAGUUCGCGCAUACAAGUGCAUGUCUUUACACCCGCCGGCUUGGCUUCAUACGCGCGUCUGUCAGUAUCGCCGAACUCGCCAUUCUAUUCCGCAGUGAGCAAUCUGCCGCGAGAAGAGCAGGGAGAUGAAGUGUGUCGCGGACUUGCGUUUGGUCUGAAGAAGUACUUUACCGAACUUGGAGACGGCGUGAAGAAGACAUGGACUGCUCAAGUCAAGGCGCCAUCUCCAGGCGCAUUGUUUGGCGACGAUCACAUUGCCAUUUUGGCGACACGAAUGACCAAGAUCGAGAAUGUGCACGAUGUGAUUGGAGAUAUACUGGACGCGUUCUGCGAGCAGCGACUGUCUUGGGUAGAUGUCGAUGUGGUUCUGCCGCCUGGGUCAAUCAAGGAGCGACCGAGUUCGUCGGAUGGGUCAGAAGAUCUAAGCGAUUUGGAGAUUUUGAAGCGACAGUUUGGUCGAUAUGCUGAGCUGGUGCACGCGUUUGGCGAGAUCACUUUUCUUCCCACUUCGCGACUAAAACGAGCUCCGUCGAAGGCGAAUGCCAUUGGAAGGACAGCAUCGUUUCUGAGAUCACAGAAGGAGAAUGUGCGCAAGCAAUUGGACGAGUUGGUGGGGACAGAGCAGAAUUACGUGAAUCGAAUGAAGGAGCUGCAAGAUCUCUCUGGUAAUAUUGGAGCAGAUCUGAAGGACAGACAUCAACAGCAGCUUUCUGUUGUGUUCUCGCCCUCCAUUGGCAAGAUCGUCGAGCUCAAUUCUGCUUUUGCGGAAGAAAUUAGCAAAGUCGUGGAAAGUACGCAUUCACAUGCCCAGGAAGACAUUGAAAGCUCGCAGGACGAUCUGUCGACACCACAAGCUACUCCACCGCCGGAUUCGCAAGGCCUCGAUCAGGUUGCGCAAUGCCUUUGCGAAUGGCUUCCGCAGUUUGCGGAGGCAUACCAAGAAUACAUGAGCUCACACGCACAAGCCUCGCAGACAUUGAGGACAUUACUACGAGCUCAGGACAGUCUUGCACAGGAACUCCAGGAGAUCGGCGAACAGAAGCUGACAUCACUAUUGAUCGAGCCAAUUCAGCGACUACCCAGAUACAACUUGUACAUCGACAGCAUCGCGAAACAGCUUCCAGUCAAGCAUCCAGCUCUGAAGUUACUCCUCAAGGCUCGAGACAUAGUCACCGGAAUCUGCGCCGAGAAUGAAGGAACGGAGGCUGCAGCAAUGGUCGAACGGCUUCGGACACGAACGAUGGGAUGGCCACUGGAUAUUGACGUAUCUGGGCGUCUCGUUGCAGCUGUUGACUACAUAGAGCUUAUGCCGCCAUAUGCCUUCGAGGGCUGCGAUGGUGCGCGAGGAAUGUUGUUUCUAUUUACGGAUGGUGUCAUCAUGGUGGAGAAAUCGCCCACAUCUAAGGCGUCAGCCCGGACGCUAUUGACCGAGAUGGGGAGCGGAUCGCUACCCAGCAUGUCCGUCGAGAGUCUCUCUGAUACGAUCGGAGACUUACACUUCGUCCGACGCCUCCAGCUUGAAGCAUUGCAAUGUACAGAGAGCCAUGAUGGAAGCGCGUUACAACUCCUCACGUUCUUUCAGCUUGCCGCCGGAGCUCUUGGUGCCCAGGAACCAAUCCUCGACAGCUGUCAGCUUCUAAGGUUGGAAGGUGCUUACGAUGGACGUGUGUCUCGAUUUGUGGAAGAAGUUGCUAAAGCCAGAGUGGAGAGUCGCUUCUCCGAAGCUGAGCGAGAAUCAUCGACCUGGGAAUUUCGUGCCACCGAUCCUGCGAGCGACUCCUUAAAUUUACUCAGCGCCAUUUUCGAUGACUCUAACGUCGAGCACACUCGCUCGCGCGGGCCAUGUGCGCCGAUACGUGUUGUGGUAGACCCAGAACGACACCAAACCCAAGUGAAGCCCGGACAUAGCGACGUCCGUACUGUCAUUAAUCUGGCGCCGCAUCGUGAUGGUGACUGGCGGCUAACAAUUGAUUCUAUUGACGGCAACCUUGGUCGAGAACAUUUUGAUACUCCAGAUCUUGUUCCAGCGUUGCGCAGGAAGAUCGCCUCCCUUACAAGUGCUCGCUCAGCUUCAUACAAACCACCCAGCCGGGAGUCUCGUCCAACAUCAAAAGAAGGAGCUGCGCCAUUCGCAAUUACCACCGAUCUUGCGGCAAACCAGCUGAAGAAGAUGGAAGAUACGCUCUCUGCAUACAUUCUCGCUCUGCAGGCUCGAAAGGGCAACAUUGUCGGCAAGAACCUAAAGCUUCGUCUAGUUGCGGACCCUGGUCUUGUUGAAGAGCUCUACUCUGGCCUUCUGGAGGACCCGAACAUGAUGGUUCUGGCUGCUCAAGCGCCUCUCGAUGUGCUGAUGGCCGCGUUCGAGAAGUUCCUCAAUAUCGCGUGGAAAGACCACAUCGGCCAAGUAAUGCCGACAUCCUUACUGCAAGACAUACAAGCCAAAGCUGAAGCACUGUUCCCGAGCGAAUUCGACGAAUACUUUAAGAAUGCGCUUGGACGGCUGGCUCCGCAGAACCAGCGAGCAUUCAAAGCGAUUAUGAAGCUUCUCGCCGACUUGCUCGACGGCACAGGCAAUGAUGGCGAUCGAGGUAUUCUCACAGCAUGCUUCGCAGAAGUGCUUGUGACCGAUGGCAAUCCCCAUGACUACAUUGCCUUGAUUGAUCGCUUCGUGGACGACACAGAUACCUACUUUGGCGAGCCAGUAGAUGUCAGUAUGACGCAUAGCUACAAGGACACUGGUUCUGUCAAGUCACACAAGAGAGCACGAUCGGUCAACUCAGGCUCGCUAACGAGUAAUACUUCCUCGCUGCGACGCAAAUUUGGCCUGGGCGGUCUGACGAGAGAAAAUAGCAAGUCUGAGCAGGAAUCCAAGGUCGCAUCUGUAUGGAGAACUCUUAGCAAGAGCACGCAGCCGCCGGCCUUGGGCAUGCGACCACCUUCGCCGGACAGUAAGAUCUCCGCGGCUUCCUUCGGAGAUCUGCCAAAUAUUGUGCGGACGCCCAGCAGUCACAAUCUUGGCUUGUCCACUAUCGGUGAACAUCCAAGCUUUAUCCCACAAGGCCCGCCGAGAAAGAAGAGGCGUAGUUCGCUGUCUGAUUUGAAGGUCCUGGAGACAUCGCCAAAAAGAGAGACAUGGUCAACGCCAUCUCCCAGACGACCUGUCUUGACCCAGAAGGCCUUGGAAGAGAAGGCAUUGCCCGACUCUCCCGCACGUUCAACUCCCGGUGGCGAGAAGCAAAGUGAGCUGCAAAGGCCGAAGACAAGUGGUGGCCCUGCAGACGAAGUCGUGAUCACUUCUCGUCCAACGUCCAAUAUACCAAGCUUGGUACCAAGAGCCACUUCGCCCGCCAAGUUCACGCCGUCCACACCAAACCGCACUGGUCUUUCUGAACGACCGGGAGCUGGCAAUAUCGUGAAGAAGCCUUCGCCUCAAUCGGAGAAGAUUGGCCGAACUCGCAGCACUACUGUAGAUGUGCCUGGCAUUCCCCAGCCUUCGCCGAGCAGGAAAUUGCGAAUGCAGUCACCUCAGAAGCUCCGCGAACGGCUGCAAAACGAGCAGAAUUCUAUCGCGGCGGCGCAGAGCAGCAUACAGGAGGAAUUGAGCAAGAUAGGAGAUGAGCUCAUAUGCAGUACUAGUAUGCGCAGUCCUGUUCGCGGAGGUAGCAGAACUGUCGGCGGUCGCGGCUCCUCCUCGCAGGCCAGCAACAUGGACCUCGCACAGCGCGUGCUCAAAAUGGAGGGUGCACUUCCGAAGCAGAUGUCUGAUCUCAACACUCGAGUCAACUCCAUCCACACCGACCUCAGCACGAGUCUGACAGUCAGUGAGGCAAAAUGCAAGAAGCUGGACGACCUAUAUCGCGAGGCGAAUGGUGAGAAUGAGGCACUCUAUUCCAAGUUCAACGAGGAGUUGAGCAGAAUUCUGAAGGCUGUCAGAGGUGGUGAGGGCGUUGAGGAGUUGAAGAGGAAAUUAAAAGAGGCGCAAGAUGAGGUCGUCAUGCUCAGACGCGAGUGCAGCAGAGUGAAAAGGGAGAAUGUUGGCCUUCGAGCACAGUUGAAGGAGUGA